GCGAAACAAAGCGACAAGAAUUUGGUUGUCGGUUGUUGAGGUGUUGUGCCUGAUAUAUUUUCUUUUCUAUUUGAAUUUUAUAAUUUCCGAUUAAAUUUUGCUCAAAGUUCCGCGUUUUCCAUAAAAAAAACUAAGCUCUGGUGUUUGAGCGUCAUAAUCCGUCGCGAACAGGCAUAUUGCAUUUACAAUUAAAGCGUAAAUGUUCCAUUAAAACUCGUCUAAAAUAUUUGGUGAAAUAAUUGCGAAGUGAAAAAACCUGAUAUUACGGGCUCCGUGCUGCGGCUAGCGUGUAAGCAAAAGAAAAAAAAAAAAUAAUUGCAAUCUUUUGUCUUAGCAUAAAUUGCUGAGCGGCAAUUCGUACGAACAAAAAAUAAUACAACGACUAGUAUCUACACAAGUUAUUUGGCAGAUUGGAUUUGCUUCAAGGCUAGAUUGCAUGUAUGGCACCUGAAAACUUUGGGAAUUCUGCAUAUAUCCAUAAUUCCACGUCCCUUCAACAUUUUUUUGUUUGAACGUUGUAUGCAUGGAAAACCAACGCAGGUGUCUUGCCCUUUGUGAGAAACUAAAAGCGCGCGAAACAAGUAAACUCUAGUCUCGUCUUUGCAAUUGAAACAAAUUCCUUUAUACUCGUACAACCUAUCGCCACCACUCCACGGAAAUAAAUUUAGCCAAGAAAUUAUAAUUGCGUUCGACAAAUAACACAAUUAAUUCCGAGCUAACUACUUAUUUGCCAGUAAAUAUAUUUCAGUACAUACAUUUCUUAUAAAUGUUUUAAAACGUCUUGGAAAAGAAUGUGCAAAAAUAACAUAGACAGUAGUUUGCGACAAAAUAACGUAAUUAAUUUUUAAUUACUCUCGCGUAGAAAGUUUGCUCGUGAAAUGAAUUAAUUCUUAGAAUUAGUUUUUUUUUAAUAAAUUAAAAUAUCGCACAUUUCGAAUCAAGCACCAAAUAGAAAAAGCAUCAACGUCUUUUGGAGUCUACUGUUAACAUGGCGGAUUCAUAUUACCAGGGUGACUACAUUAAACAUCCCGUCCUUUACGAGCUCAGCCAUAAAUAUGGUUUCACUGAUAAUCUACCCGAGAGUGCGCUGCCCAAUCGCCUGGAAGAAAUUAAAGAGGCGAUACGACGGGAAAUUCGCAAAGAGCUGAAAAUCAAAGAAGGUGCCGAAAAGUUGCGCGAAGUGGCCAAAGAUCGACGAUCCUUGAACGAUGUGGCAUCAAUCGUAAAGAAAAGCAAUAGCAAACUGGCUGAGUUGAAGUCGGAAUUGCAAGAAUUGGAAAGUCAUAUUCUUCUAACACAAGGCAACUCUGUGAGCAAUGGAAGAGAUGGAUAUUCUUCAAAUCUAUCGACGCCAACCUCUACUUUGGGCGGCAGUGUCAGCAGCGCUAGUUUGGGUGGUGGCGGCAAUGGGGGUGGUCUUAUUGGUGGCGGACAUGAACAACUUUCAGCGAAUGACAAGAUGCUCAUCUCACUCGAGAAGCAAUUGAAUAUCGAAAUGAAAGUAAAGAAUGGCGCUGAGAAUAUGAUACAGUCCCUGGCCAAUGGUCAUCAUGGGCGCGACAAGAAGCUAUUAGCCGAGGCGCAGCAAAUGCUAGCCGAUUCAAAGGCGAAAAUUGAAUUCCUGCGGCUACGCAUACUCAAAGUAAAGCAGAACAAGGAGCAUGCUCAUAAAUUGUCUGCACAGGCAGCUAUUGCGGCUAGUGGUGAUGGCGAGAAUGGCGGUCAGCCACAGCGGCUGGAGACGACGCUCGAAGAGCGUAUCGAAGAGUUGCGGCAUCGUUUACGCAUAGAGGCCGCUGUGGUAGAUGGAGCAAAGAAUGUGAUACGUACCCUACAGAAUAAUAAAGUGCCCGAUAAGAAGGCGUUGCAAGAGGCAAACAUACGCCUUAGCGAAUCGUCGCGUAAAUUGGAUCUUCUCCGGCACUCACUUGACUUGCGGCGUCUGGAAUUGCCAGUAGAUUCACCAGCCGCCCACCAAUUGAAAUCCGAGCUGCAGUCAGUUCAGCAGGCUUCGUCUCCAAUUCCAGUCACCUACACGUCGCUGCAGCCCUUCCACGGUGGCUUACUAGGCGGCAAGCCGUAUCAGCAAGUCUCACUGGGGCGUUGCGCCAGCGUUUCGGGUAAGUUGGAAGUGCGCCUGAUGGGUUGUCAGGGCCUGCUGGAAGAUGUGCCUGGCCGCUCGAGACGCGACAAAGACAACAACUCCAGCCCUGGUGAUUUGCGUAGCUUCGUGAAAGGUGUAACAUCGCGUAGCAGCUCGAAAAGUUAUUCAGUCAAGGAUGAAACGUCUUCGGAAAUUAUGGCGGUCAUAAAGUUAGACAAUAUAACAGUAGGGCAAACUUCUUGGAAGCCUUGUUCACAACAGGCAUGGGAUCAGCGCUUCUCCAUCGAUCUAGAUCGUUCGCGUGAGCUGGAGAUUGGCGUUUACUGGCACGAUUGGCGUUCGCUGUGUGGCGUAAAAUUCUUGAGAUUAGAGGAAUUCAUUGACGAUGUACGGCACGGCAUGGCACUGCAAUUGGAGCCACAAGGUCUACUCUUUGCCGAGAUUAAAUUCCUUAAUCCAAUGAUAUCGCAAAAACCAAAACUGCGUCGGCAGCGCAUGAUCUUCAAUAAGCAACAGGUAAAGAAUAUACCACGUGCCAAGCAGAUGAAUAUCAAUGUGGCCACCUGGGGUCGUUUGCUGAAGCGCAAUACGCCUUCUAGUUCACACUUAGCCGCCGAAGGUACGCCACGUGGCAAUUCACGCGACAGCGAAUCGCCAAUUUCGCGUUCGCCUUCGUCUGGUACCAUCGAUGUCGAGCCGGAGCCUUAUUCACCAGGGCAGCAAGCACGCAAUUUGGAGUAUGACCCCGAUGCGGGCAUACACGAACACGUCGAAACACCCGGAGAAUGUCCCGAUCCCGAAGUGAGCGGUUUGAGCGGCAUGCGGCCACUGUCGAUGCAGGGUAUUGCAGUGCUGCCACCGGAAGUGCCUUCACAAUCUCCACAGUCUCUGCAACAGCAGCAGCAGCAACAACAACAAAACCAGCUGCAGCAACAGCAUUUGUCUACGAAAAACAAUAAUUUACAAUUGCAAAUCGCUGGCAAGCAUAGCUCAGUAGCGGCGGCGGCAGCGUCGACAGAACCUGCCAGCGGCGGCGGUUUGUCCAUGGGCUCAAGACCCACAUCGAAGUUGCCAACACCUACACAGACACAGCCUCCACCAAUACCGAGCACUGCGCCUCCAAAACUCGAUCCCGAGUUACAGAAUGCACUGCGUGAAUUCGAUUUUCUCAAUCAAAUGGACUCACAACCCAAUACGCUGCAACGGCCUGCCCACCAAUACGGCAGCCGUCAGCAGCAGCCGCCGCCACAACAACUGUCGCAACAAAAGCCACAACAACAGCCAUUGCAGCAGCAGUACAUUGCCUCAGCCGCACAGCAAAUACUCCAGCCUUAUCAUACACCACUGCCCACUCAACAUCCAACGCCGUUGCAUCAAUACCAGCCACAACCGACGUCCCAGCAGCCACAACAGCUGCUGUCCGCUGGUGUUGGUGGUGGUGGUCAGGGUGGUCAGGGUGGUCAGGGUCGUCAGCAAGGUUCAAUGCCGACAACACCGGAACUCAAUAGCAGCCAAAUGACGGCGCCGAAUUUUGCGAAUGCUACAACGGCGAACAACAACAACAGCAGCAGCAAUUACAACAUGUCGCAUGUGGCACGUCAAACUAGUCAAAGUAGUUUCAGAAAUCAACAACAAAACUACGUCAACAACAAUAAUGCAAACGUAAAUGCGGCGAUGGGUGUUGCUGGAACAACAGGUGGCAUGGGCAAUAUAUAUCAUCGUCCGGUGCUGGCCAUGCCGCCGGUGAUAUUGAUGGGCGGCGAGUUGGCAGCCAAUGAUAUGAGCAGCCCGAUAAUUGAAAUGCCGCCAUCGCCAGCGCCAAGUGGAAUGCCAAUUGUGGAGUAUCCCGAUGACGAUGAGUACGCGCACGACGCUUCAGCAACGAGUUACAGCACCGGUGUCGGUGAUCGUUUCUGUGUCGAGGCGCAUAUUAAUGUUGUCCAUAUAACAAUUGAACCUUUAACAACAACAACAACACUUCCGACAACAACCACGAGCGUACACUCUGCCGAUAAAUAUAAUGAGAUCGCCAUUUCGCCAACAACAACGACAUCAGCAGCAUUGUCUGAUAUUGAAAUUGAAACUGAAAUCGAACUUGAAACGAAGAGUCUGAGCGAUUGCAUAGAAUCGAGCGAUUGCAUUGAAUCAGUCGCAGUGACGGAAUUGUCGUAUAAAACUGAAAGUGAUAAAUUAGAAACGAAAAGUGCAAUAGAAAAUUCAGUACAGAUUAUACCACAAUUUGGAAAUUUAUCGGUCAGCAGCAACAACAACCAGCAACAGAAGCAAUAUGUACCAGAUUCGCCGAUCAUCCAAGAGCCGCCCACACCUACAGUCUAUGGACAGUCGGCUGGGCAAGGGCCUCAUUUCCCACAGGCGGCACAGCGCCAAAACUAUGCAGCACCUACAGCCACAGUCUACCAGCAGCAACAACAACAGCAGCAGCAGCCCAUCUACCAGAAUCAGUAUGAACUCAAUGCUGUCCCUAUGCCGCCACCAAACGCUGCAACGGCUGGCGGUGGUCGUCGCAAUGUUUCACGCGGUUUGCAAUAUCGCGACUCGGCAUACGAAUCACGCCGCCAGUCACAGGCAAUGGGUGGCGGAAAUGGGCCACCCGGUAUGCUGGCAAUUGAGAAUUUCCGGCUGCUCAGCGUUUUGGGACGCGGCCACUUUGGCAAGGUUAUACUGUCACAAUUGCGCAGCAAUAAUCAGUACUUUGCCAUCAAAGCGCUGAAAAAGGGCGACAUCAUAGCACGUGACGAAGUCGAAUCGUUGUUGAGCGAGAAGCGCAUUUUCGAAGUAGCCAAUGCGAUGCGUCAUCCAUUUCUGGUCAAUUUGUUUGCGUGUUUCCAGACCGAUCAACACGUUUGCUUCGUUAUGGAGUAUGCGGCUGGUGGUGAUCUGAUGAUGCACAUACAUACAGAUGUAUUUUCAGAGCCGCGCGCUGUAUUCUACGCCGCUUGCGUGGUGUUGGGUCUGCAGUAUUUGCAUGAAAACAAAAUUAUUUAUCGUGAUUUGAAGCUCGAUAAUCUACUUUUGGACACAGAUGGUUAUGUAAAAAUCGCUGAUUUCGGCUUGUGCAAGGAGGGUAUGGGCUUCGGCGAUCGAACCGGCACCUUCUGUGGGACGCCCGAAUUUUUGGCGCCCGAAGUUCUCACAGAAACAUCAUAUACGCGCGCUGUGGACUGGUGGGGUUUGGGAGUUUUGAUAUUCGAAAUGCUUGUAGGCGAGUCACCAUUCCCGGGUGACGAUGAGGAGGAAGUUUUCGACUCAAUUGUUAACGAUGAAGUGCGCUAUCCGCGAUUUUUAUCACUUGAGGCCAUUGCAAUCAUGCGUCGGUUACUGCGUAAGAAUCCAGAACGUAGAUUAGGUUCAUCAGAGCGCGAUGCUGAAGACGUCAAGAAGCAAGCGUUCUUCCGCUCUAUCAGUUGGGAUGAUUUAUUGCUGCGCAAGGUGAAACCGCCAUUUGUGCCCACCAUUAACCAUCUCGAGGAUGUGUCGAAUUUCGAUGAAGAAUUUACUUCCGAAAAACCACACCUGACGCCUCCAAAAGAACCAAGACAUUUGACUGACGAAGAGCAAAUGUUCUUCCAAGAUUUUACGUACACAGCGGAUUGGUGUUGAUGUUAAAAGCAGCUAAGCCAAGCUAUGGCAAAUAAAAAAAUCGAGCAAAAUCUUGUAAUGCCCUUGCGUUAUAUACAUACAUACAUACAUAUACACAUACCCGUACACAAGUGGAAGACUUUUUGCAUGCAGUACACAAGUGGAAGACUGUUCAAAAUGAUGGUCAUUGGGACACUUAUUUAAAAUUUUAAAAAUAUUCGACUUUCUUGAAAGCAAAAAUAAUGUUUUAAACUCUACUUGUUCAAAUGUUUGUCGGCCGGUGUGUUAUCAGCGCUGUUUAAUUUGAUUGUAUGCUAGUUUUUAAGUGAAAAUUAUGAAAUACAUAGAACAGUUAGUUCUGCUAGUUACACAUAUACAUACAUACAUACAAGCAUAAAUACACUACGUAAUAAAAUGAGACAACAAACACAUACUAUUUAAGUGAAACGUGGAAAAUGAGAAAUUAUUUAUAAAUAUUUACAUAUGCAUGUACGCGAAUAUACAUAUUUACAUUAAUAAAAAUCUAGCUUGCGUCGAGUUUAUUACAUUAUUAAAAACAAAUGCAAAACUAUAGUUUGCUUAACGCAAAGAAGUUGAGAUGUUUCGUUUAACAGAAAAAAAAUCAAAAAAUAAAAAUUAGUUUAGGUAGAUACGUAAAUUUUUUUGGGACGCUUGCAAACAACCUUAUAAAUACAUAGCUGACUAACCAAGCCGUGUAAAAAGAAAAAUGUUUUUAAAAAUAUUUAAAGAAAUUAAAACACAAUUUCUAUGCAUUUUAUCCGCAUCGUUUGUUUUAUAAAAAAAUAAUUAUUGGAGAGAUGCAUCUAUUUUAAAGAAAAGGAUACGUAUUAUGUUGAAGAAAUGUCUGCAUGCCUUUAGAAAUAGCGGGUUUAAAAUUAUUAUUAAGGAAAUGGUUAGUUUCCACCAAAUGUUUUGUGAAAAAAAAAACAAAAAAAAAAACAGAAACGGCAACAAAAAUCAACUCUAAUCCCGCAGCUUUGCUCCUGUAAUACGUUAACCAAUUGUUGAGCGUUUUAGCAGUUAUCAAAGUUACGAUAACAUCGUACUUGUAUUGAUGACAGUGAAUGCAACGCAAUAACAAAUAAAAAAACAUUUUAAAAUUUCAUAAGCAGUUUUAAACACAUACACACAUAUGCAAGCAAUAAGUAAAUACUAACCUAAAAUGCAUGAAACAAAUGCAUACGCAUAGAUAUACAUACAUAUAUUUUAAAAUGCAAAACAGAAUGAAAUGUGAAAUGAAAUUAAAGGACUUUAUACAAUUUAUUUUUUUGAAUUUUUAAUGAUGGUUAGACGAAAACUAAAAAUUAAGAAUAAAAGUUCAGGUUUUCACUUGAGAACAUUUGCUCAAAAACCAUAACACUUUUCAAAAAAAAAAAAAAAAAA